GUAUCACAGCCCACAUACAAAUCAGAUGACUUGUGUGGCCCAUAUGUAUUCGGUACCCCAUUGUACCAAUAUGUGUUCAAAUAAAUAAAUGUAAUGAAUACUUCAUUUGUCUUGAAAGUCUUAUUGGCCCUGGUGGGUUGGCAUCUGGUGUAAUCUUGGCACGGGUUUGUAAUCUCAGUUAACACUAACCAUUUUGUGUUACUUGUUUAGCAGAUGAGAUGUCUGUUUACCAACCAAAUGAUUGAUGACGAGAAACACUACACUUGUAGAACAUGGUUUUUAAAAGUAAAAGACAUGUGUAGACUAAAGGUGUUUUCGAAACAUUACUGGCGCUUCAUGGAAAUGUUGAAUGUAGACAUGAGGUACUUUGCAAAAGUUGGACGUUGGUUGGUAGAGUUGUUAAUUCUCAUCGACUGAGGUCGUCAGGACUUUUGUUACAUUUGCCAAACCACUGCCUGCCUAGAUGAUCUAUGCUAGCUGGUGUCGAAGUAGGUUGUAAAAGAGCCAGUACAGGUCAAACCAUGAUGUGACGUGGGAUCAGUCUUUGAAUUCAUUGAUUGUUGGACCGAACAAUGUUGGUAAAUGCAGACUGCCUGGUUGGGGUCCAUGAGUUAACUGCGAUUUGUGUUUAAAAGACUUUAGUUGAAAUACCUUAUUACCGUUCAUAGUAAUUCAAAUCCAUUCACUCUUUAUCUUCCUCUUGAUCUCGAAUUCCGAUUUUCUUUCGUAUACAUCGUUCCACUGUGUCUUUUCGAGCCAAAUUCUCAACGUCCAGUUCUGUCAUUAUCAUUGCUGCUGCAUUAUCUCAAUAUUUUUUUAGUGUUUAUCUUGUUAUGUUCUCGCCAACACACAUCUGUGCCAAAUAUCUACUUUGAUGGUGACUUACUGACUUACCUACGUGUUUCUAGUGCACUUUCAACAUCUAGUUUACUUGUCUGGUUGUCUGUCUAGUAAACCUUACGAGUCUACUGCUCUAGUGACUAAAGUUGCUCGAGGCAGUUCGGCAGAGGCAUCUGGUUUAAGAAUAGGUGAUCGGAUUGUUGCCAUUAAUCAAAAACCUGUGAAAUCCAUGACCUUCUUAGAAGUCUCCAAUUUCCUCCGGAGUGGCAGCGAUCGAAAUAUUCAACUUACAUUACUGCAUAAAUCUCUUGUUCCUAACCAACCAAUUACUGAUACAAUGUGUGAAUUAUCAUCGCUUAAAAUAUUGACUUCAUCUAAUAUCGCUAAUGGUAUUCAAAAUAUGUCUUUGAAAGAUUCCAAUUCUGCAUUUUUAUAUACUACUAAUGCCAGUAAUACUACUACUACUACUACUACUACUACUAUUACUACUGAUGUUUAUAAAGAUGAAAUGAACAAUUCACCUGAUUGUACUUCGUCAGUUGUUUCAAACUCUCAGUUGAAUAAACCGAUACCGAAACCUCGAACUACUAAUAUUACUACUGCUAACACUGGUAAUAGUAAUAAUUGUAAAGAGCUAUUAAAUAGUCAAGAAAUUAAAAAUUUGGACAAGUUAUCUAACAAUUUAUUACAUCCAAUUUUAUCACAAUUUCAAGAAUCCGAAUUUGAUAAUUCAUCAACGAAUAAUUUACUCUCAGAUGACUUCUUAUCAUCUAGUGAAGCUCGUAAAGAAAACUCUUGCCCACCUGAUUCAAUUCAGUUAAUGAAUAAUUCUCCGACAGGAACUGAUAAAACACCGAUUAAGAUCAAAUCGAUCGAUCAUAAUUUGAACACAUUUGAAUCAUCUAAAAAGUCUGGUUAUGAUUCUGUUCGAAUUAUUCGAAAACAUACAAUAGAUCCGUCAUAUACUGAAGAUGUAAAUACAGAUACACUGCCAGUUCGAUUUAUUCGUAAACGUGCCUAUGCUUCUACUCGUCAUCCUGGCCGAUAUGAUCAAGUGAAAACAAUAACAUCGAUGAAUAUCACUUCUACUGAUAACACAAUUACCACAAGUAAUACUACAGAGAGUCAACCAGUUUCUGUUACAUUAUCUAAAAAUGUCCAUACAUCACCAUGUCAACUUUUACCCGCUGUUAAUGCUUCACAAAAAAAUUCCAUCAAUAAUUACCAGUAUAAUACUGAACCUAAAAUUAUUCACUUACCUCGACGUCGAAGCUCUACCAAUAGUGGUAGUGUUAAUCAAGGAUUACAUUCGAAACACCAAAUGAAUGUAUCAUCUUUUACGCGUGAUGAUAAUAAUGAUGACGAUCAUGAUUAUUUGCUUGAUAAGCAACCUUUUCAAACUGGUACUGUUAAUAUUGGACUGUUAGGAAAAGAUGUUUCAAAUGUAUAUGGAGCAAAUAUUUCAUAUUCAUCACCUAAAGAAGAUUCAUCUAUGCCUUGUCGUGAAACAUAUACCAAUAAAUCGAAUUAUAUUUCUGUUGGUACAUCACAUCGAUCCAGUAAAACCAGUUUAUUAAGUUCACGUUUAUGGGCAUCAUUUGAUCAAGAUCAAAAUGAAUCUGUUUCAGAUUUAUGGACACGAGCCGGUGAAAUGUAUCAUAUACUUGAACAAGAAAGUCAACGUUUAGCCAAUAAGAAAACGAUAACAACAUCAAAUACUACUUCUAUGUCUACCGCUACUACUACUAGUAGUAGUAGUAAUGGUAGUAGCCGUAAAGGUAAAACUCAGCGGCAUCCUGGCAUAUGGGAUAAUUAUCAACAAAUGAAUUGUUUAUCUGAUGAUAAUGAUAAGAAUACAGUUAAAAAUCUAGAAUUUUCUUCACAACUACCUUACUAUUCUAGUCCUAUACCUAAUUGUCAUAAAGAUAUGCCUACAAAGGCUGGCCACUACAACUCACAUUGUUCGGAAUCAAGUCGUGAUCAUACUAAUGUGAACUCGACUAAAAAACGCUUACAGUUUCGUUCUUUAUGCUCAGGUCUACGAUCACAUCGUUCAGAAUCGAAUAUACUAUGUGAUAUGUCUGGAUCAUUUUUAUCACGUCAAUGUUUUUGCAAAAUUCUUGCUAUCGGUGGAUCUGAUAAUAAAUCUUACUCAUGGAAACCGUAUUACAUGCGCGUAUCUGGUGCUGAAGUGAAAUUUAUCAAAGCAUCUUGGGCAUUUCAUGGAACUGGACGAACAGCAAAAACUUCUAAACAUAAAAAUGAUAUAAUCUAUCCAAGAAAUAACAGUUUGGGUAGCCUUCGUGAUAAUCUUCGUGAUAGUUCUCAAGGAACAAUGGAUACUUCUAAAUCUCACGAUGAUUUAAAUGAUGAUUCUAUUACAUAUUAUUAUCAUCCUACCUGCAAUACCGAUUUGGAUUAUUCAAAUAAUAUGAUGAAUGUUAAUAAAUCAUUUAAUUGUAAUGCAUCAUGUUUAAUUCUACCAAUACCUGGUCUUAUAUGGUGUUUUGAACAAUUACCUGCUAAUUUCCCGAAUUGGUUACCACUUGGUUGUAAUUCAAAUCAUCAUAAUAGUAGUAAUAAUACUCAAACAUUAACUUCACGAAUAACUAGUAAUAUGAAUAAUAAUAAUAAUACUAGUGGAAUCAAUCCUGAUUGGAUGGAUCCUCAUGUUUCUGGUUUAUCUCAACAAAUUUUAUCAGAUUUCAAUGAUUGUUAUAAGUCGAAUAUAGUAGAUUUUCAAAAUACAACAACAACAACUACUACUAAUAAUAAUGUAAAUAUGAAUGAUGAAGUUAGUAGUCGAUCGAAGUUUCGUUGUUAUCGUUUCGCUCAUUUAACAGCUGGUGUCGAAUUAUUAUUUGUAUUUCCAGAUGAGAAUGCGGCGAUGACUUGUUUAAAAAUGUGUCAGCUUUCUGGUGGACGCGACUAUGAUUGUGUUGUUGAACAGUUAGGACGAUGUGAUCAUCGUAAUGCAUCUACAUUGACAACACAUCGUAAAAAAUCUUCAUCAAAUCCAUAUGAAUUAUUUUUUCUCAAAUUACCAUCGUCAUCAUUAUCUGAAUUCUCAAUGAAAUUAAAUCAAAGUUUUUCUCAUGAUUUUACAAUAAAAAGUAGUAAAUAUCGUGUACCUCCUCUAGCAAACAACGAUGAUGAUGAUGAUGUGAAUAAUGAAUACACCGGUGAUAAUAACACUGAUGAUUUUGAUCAAUCCAUGCAUAGAGAUGUUUUUAUUCAACCACAUAUUACAAAUCUUAUAAAUACUAAUAGUCCUUACAUUAACACUACCUAUGGAUCAUAUGGUUUAAUGAAAGAUAAACGACGUCCAAAUCGACGUUAUGUUAUUCAUCAAUCAUCAAUUGGUUCAGAUUAUUCAAAUGCUAUAAUUGACGGUGAAGAUGUGAAUUCAAUUAAGAAUUCAAUAAAAAGUAAUAAAUCUGAUGUUACCAAUAAAUUUCGGACACGAACUCGACAGAAAAUUGAUUUAGAUGGUAUUCGAUCGGACAACACUGAGACAAUGACAAACGAUAUCUCCAUUAAUAAUAAUAGUGAUAAUCAGACAACGUCCGAUGUAAUUACUAGUAAUAUUAACAGCAACGUUGACGAUAAGUCACAUUCAAUUAGUUUAAUUCGUACGAAUAAAAUACUACGUGGCUUCAAACAAUGGCUUCAACGUCCUGUUGGUGCAAAUAAUAAUAAUAAUAGUAAUCAUAAUAAUGCCAGUAGUACAAGUAAUAGUACUAGUACUAAUUGUCCCUCUGUUGGUUCAAUUAAUUUCUCAACUGCAAAUAAUCCGACCAAUACAAUGAACAACGUCAACUCUACCACUGGUUAUUUUAGUGGUAGCUGUAGAGGUACCGCCAACAGCAGUGUAAAUUAUAAUGUAAAUAGUAAUAACCAUUGUGAUAUAUCUUCUACUGUGGAUGUUUCACAUUUGGAAUCUCCGAAUAAUGAACAUAAAUUCAGCUCACUAAUGACAGUUGUUGAUCCUCCAAACAUGACCGAUUUAGAUAAUCCUGGUCCUGUAUUCGGUGCUCCAUUAGAAUCUCAAUUAGAAAGUCCUGAUUAUCCAUGUGUUCCAGUCCUAUUACAAGCCAUUGUUGUAGCCUUAGAGAUACAUGGACUUAGUUUACCUGGCCUAUAUAGAAAACCUGGUCGACAUCGUACAAUUGCACAAUUUAUCUCUUCAGUAAACUUGCAUCCUGAAGAUAUUGACCUGAUGUUUAGUUUGGAUGCUUGGCGUGAACCUAAUGCAUUAUGCGGUUUAUUUAAACACUUUCUUCGACGACUACCUGUUGGAUUAUUUUCUUUAUCCUCUUGGGAGCCACUUUUCUGUCUUGUUCCAGAGAUUGGAAAUUCCUCUGAUAUGAAACAAUUAGCCUAUCUGUUACUUUCUAUUCGUGUUCAAUUGAAAAAAAUGGCAUUUGAUGCUUUUGGUAUUCCAAUUAUAAACACAAUGCCUGUAGAUGUACAAAAUAAUUCUCCGACAAAUGGCUCUAUUGAAUGUCAAUUUAGCGGAGUGAAUUCCAUCAGUGACCAUCUAUUCAAACCGUCUAUAUCUCCACCUAUAUCUCCUCAAAUUAUUGUUGUUCCAUCGAAUACAUCCCAGUUACAACUCAAAGAGGAAUUCGGUUUAACGAAGAUCAGUAAUCUUAACGAAAAGGAGUUUAACAUCUCUAAACAAUCAUUUCGUGUUUGGCGUUGGGCUACAUUGUGCUUUAUCAUGAAUCAUAUAACAAGAGUUGUAGCACAUGAACAGCAUAAUGCAGUGACAUAUCAAUGUAUAGCUAUAUGUUUUGGUCCUGUUUUUUUUGGAAAUUCAUCAAAACUUCCAAAAUUAAAUGAGGUUCUUGAACAUUUAUUUCGACAUUGGAAAUGGCUUAUCGAUGGUUUACCAAUGAUUGCAAAGAAUCCUAACACAAAUAUCGAUUUCAGUGCAAUAAAUGAACCAACUUUAAUAGAUGCUAUUACUUAUUUAACUACUAUUAAUACUACUGAUAAAUCUAAACAACAAAAGAAACCAAUUCUUCAAAAUAAUAAUCACAUACAACGAUUAGAUUUAACACCUGAACCAAGAAAUAAUGAUACAUUAUUGUCUUCAUCUUCUAUUUGUUCUUCUACACGACGUAAAUCUGCCGAUGUUAUUCUUAGUCAACAAUCUUCUACAUCAUCAUGUGAACAAGAACAACAACUCAUCAUUGAUUAUGACUUGACUGUAAAGAAAUUUGAUAAUGAAGAUGAAUUGAAUAAAGAAAUUAUUGAACAAAUUCAUUCUUUGUGGUUAAGGGCUUUGGAUAAGAUGAAUAAUCAGUCACAUAGAAAUUCACAAAUGAAAGAAAAAUCCUCUAAUUCUAAGAAAACAACAAAUCAUUCUAACACUACUGUUGCCUUACAUCGUACAGUAUCAGCAAUUCCUAAAAAAUCAACUGAACGACAUGGACAAAAAGGUGUUAGACGAUUAACUGUUGGUGUUGCUAAUUUUAUGCCUCAUUCUUCAUCAACUUUAGAUUAUUAUGAUUGCAUUUCACCGCCAUCAUCAUCAUCACAACUUUUACAUACAAAAACUAAAGAGGAGGAUACCUUGUUAACACAAUUAAAUAAUGUUAAAACUAUUUCUAAUUUAUCAUCAUCAUUAUCAUCACCACCAUCAUCAUCGUUAUCAUCAACUUCUCCUCCUCCUCCUCCAACUACUCGGUGUGAUUUAAUGAUUGUUCGACGACCUGUCAUUCCUGUGACAACUUCACAUACAACUACAACGAUUUCGUAAAAACAAUUUAGAAAUUAAAUGGUGUUAUUCUUCUCGAAAAUUGAUUGACUACCUUGGUUACUAUGUGUGUGUGUGUUUGUUUUGUCAUCCUGUCUUUUCGUUCCGCUUUUUUUUUGCUGAAUGUUUAUCUCAGAAUCACAUUUAGCUUGGUUAUUUUUUGUUUUCUCUGUUGUAAUACGUUUAAACCAAAUAUUAUUAUUAUUAUUAUUAUCAGUUAGUUAACUCCCACCCGCCCCCUCCAUCCCAUACAUUGUUUUGCAUACACUUCUCUUCUUCCACCUCCCCUUCUAUAUAAUCUAUAAAAAAGUGUUCAAAUACAAGUAAGAAACAAUACCCGGUUGUGUGUUUACGGUGUGUACAAUCUUGGUUAAUUUUUUUUGUCUGUGUAUAAAGUUUUUAUUUUUUUUUUCAAAUUUUAUCCAUUUUGUUCUUUUUGUUUUCUCUUUCAUUAUCUUGUGUAUUCAACAUGUUUACUAAAUACACAAAUUUUAUUAUCUGAACAAAAAAAAAUCUGUUAUUGGUGCUAUGAGUAAAAUCAAUUUUUUAUCUUUUACUCUCCAAUAGUACUAUUAUUAUUAGUAGUAGUAGUAGUAGUAGUAGUAUUGAAGGGUAUAAGAUUUUCUUCACAGUCAUUUGUUAUUAUUCAACUAAUAAGGAUCAUUGGGUUUUUCGUCUGGCUUCAUCUAUGCAUCUCUAAGUUGAAGAAACCAUUUUGACACUUGGGGUAAUUCAAGUCAUUUUAGAUAAAGAACCGAAAACUACACUGAUAUUGAUCAAACUUGGUUUUUGUUUGAUAAUUUUUCUUUCUUCUUUUCUUUCUCGUUUUUCAUUAAAUACGCACAAACUAUGUAAUUAUUGUAAGAAAUUUAUUCUGUGAAAUUUGAAUUCAACGAAUUCAUUCCCUGUUUCAAUUGAUGAUUGUCAUUGCUGUUGUUGUUGUUGUCGAUGUUGUCUACCUCGAAUUAUUUCACUUCUCCUAUUAUUAUUAUUAUUAUUAUCCUUUUUGUAAAAAAUGAAAACAUAAACUUAUCCUUGAGUAAAUAUGAAAAAGAAAAAAGAGAACAAGAAUGUUCUUCUUCAG